AUGCAGCGGAGACUCACUGGUAUGGAGAAGGCCCAGGAAAAGGCUGUGGAGGAGGAGGUGCAGAAAUACACGUAUUACAAUGAGAAACUCAUGCAGACCUCCUAUGAAACUGGGGAUAUCUACAAUGAUGAACGUUUUGGAACCGCCAAGCUUGCAUGGGAGAUUAGUAAUGAAGGACGACCGUAUCUCGCACAUGUCAAAGCCUUGUCGCCCCUCUGGCCGCCACUUAGGCUGUUGGCCGAUUUCAUGGAAAUAGGCACCAGUUCCUCACGGUGGAAGAGAAUGGCGGGAAAUGACGAUGGACCAAGUAAACUCAAACUCCAACUCGAUAUCGAGGAGCGUGCCGCCAGGACUAAAGUCACGAGACUUGAUUAUCUGUCUACGGGAAUUGAAUCUGUAGAAUACACCACCUCCCAGGCCCUCCGAGAGUCGUUGGAGAGAGAUGAGCAGGAAGAGAACGUCGAAGAAGGUAGAUUCCGACUAUUCAUCCUAGAAGAUCUUUCACGCGACAUGAUCGAGCUCCUCGGCGCCCAUCUCGACAUUGAACCAGGCUUCUUCCGCGAACAAAUCUUCGAUUACGCAUGGUAUAACACGCGUGAUCGCUGGGUUGAUCCGCCUCGAUUGCAGGUGACGACGAAGAAGCAACGGUGGAUGCAGCUCCGGUUUCCAGCGGCGAGGUACUAUAGAACGCCCGAAUCUUUUAGAAACGCCUCGAAUCAAUUUGAAAGAAUGAAUGUUGUUAGAAAGGCCGAGGAUGAUAUUAAUAAUAGGUCGAAGUGGGAUGAGCCGAAGGCGAUUGUCGGGUUGGCGAGGACGAGAGCUUCGUUUUGGAUGUCGGGUGAGGGAGGGGCUGGGAAAGCAAAGGGUUCGGUGGGUGUGCUUGUGGUUGAUCCAACGCCAAAAGAAGGGUCUCCGUUAUGGUAUGGAUAUCGGAAUUGGGAGAAACCCCCUUCUAUGUAUGACACAAACCCUCCACCUACGGGACCCCCUAGAGACUCCAUCUACAACGACAUCGUCUUCUGGGCCAAGAAAAGCGGGACCUUCGGACUUUCAUCUUCAAACCCGUCGGAAAGCAUGCACACUCCAGCCCUAGCCCUUCUUCACCUCGUCAGCUCGGAAUGGCUUGAGGUGGGAGAGUACAUACGAACACGUCUCGGUCAGAUAGAAUGGGAAGUGUCAUUUCCGGAACACUUUCUCUUACAAGACAGUAACAUCAACGAUACUUUGAAGAAGCUACAUAUCUGGCGACGGCUCGUGCCACUGUACCGGGAGAUGUUGACCGAGACCUUGCAAAGAGUAUUCCACAUUGCUGAUCCUCACUCAUUGGCUGUCUCAGGCGGUAUUGGAGAUUUCGCAUCACAUAUCCCUGGUGAUCCUUUGAGUAGCUCGGCGAACUCGAUCAUCUCUACGCGAAAUGUGCGGAAUCCAGAUCAACCCAUUUCGACAAUGCGUGACGAUUAUGUUCGCGUUCUGGGACUUAUGGAAGAAUAUCAACAACGAAUCGAUCGUCUCACUUCAGUCGUCACGGCUAUCAUUUCCAUCGCUGACUCUCAACGUUCGCGCGAGGAUAAUAAAAAUGUUGCUCGUCUCACGUGGCUCGCAACAUUCUUCAUCCCGCUUGGUUAUGUGGCAUCAAUUUUCAGCAUGACGGACGAUAUCACUAGUAUCGCCCAGACUAUCAAAUGGUACUUAGCUGCUGCUCUGCCCUUAUCCAUUUUCAGUCUGGGUAUUGCGUAUCUCUUCACAAUGCCAAGUAUCAAGACGUACUUUGCGCAAUUCAAGAUGGGCCCCUUUAAGAAAUGA